AUGCAUAUGACUCCAAGAUUUGUAAUUGAUUUUCCGAUGCUUCUCAUUGAAAGUGAUGCUGUCAUUGGUAGAAUAAAGAAAUUUGUAUACCUAAAAGACUUUGAGAAAGAUCCUUUGGCUAGUCAAAUUUUUAGAGAUAAUGCCCCAAUUAUAGAUGAUUUAUGUAAAAACCAAAAAACAAAAGGCCUAUACAAAGCAUUUAUGAAACUAGUUAGAGAAAUAAAGCAUACACUUCCAUUAAGUGUUAAAAAUAAGUCUGCAUUAAAAAAUCUUCUCUUUAGAUUGUCUUCAUUUAUUAGCAUAUCGAAAAGAGAAAGUCUUGCUAGUGCAGAUAGAAAAGGAGACAGUCAAAUGAGAAGACAUCCUGAUAUUAUGUUUAUGGUAAAACAUUUGGAUAUGCUCUUCGAAAUUAUAUAUGUCGAAUGCUUAAGAUUGGUUUGUACACCUCAAAAAAA